AUGGCCAUGUGCAUAGGCAGUUCGGUAGCGGAGCUGGUCUCUGCGUAUCCUACCGCAGGAGGAAUGUACUUCGUUACAAAGCACGUUGUUCCCAAUGACCAGGUGCCCAUCUUUUCCUGGGUGCAGGGCUGGUGCAAUCUCUUGGGGCAGACUGCGGGCGUUUCCAGCGUGGCUUACACAGUCAGCCAGAUGCUGCUUGCGUGCGCCAGUAUGAACUCUGAGUACUCCUACUCACCGUACAAAUCACUGCUCCUAGUGUCUAGGCGCUUUAAGGCUAAUGCGGAGACUCUUCAUCGGAUCGUCUUCUGGUUUGCUCCGAUCAAUAACAAGCAGUCCGCUCGUUGGGUCUUUACUCACUUUACGGAUGGCUCUGGAUGGGGCUCGAAGCUCUUUUCCUUUCUGCUUGGUUUCAUAUCAGUAGCGUGGACAAUGACCGAUUACGACGGAACCACCCACAUGUCGGAGGAAACUCACGACGCAGCCUCGCUCGGGCCGCUAGCAAUCCAAUCUGCAGUCCUGGUAUCAGGCAUAAUGGGAUGGGUCCUGACUAUCUCAAUGUGUUUCUGCUUGACCGACCUUGAUAGCAUCCUUCGGACCCCAACAGGCCUUCCAGCGGCUCAAAUCUUCCUAAACGCCGGAGGAAAGACAGGUGGCACAAUCAUGUGGGGAUUUGCCAUCCUAGUCCAGUUCUUCACUGGCUGCUCGGCCAUGCUAGCAGAUACACGGAUGGCAUACGCCUUUGCCCGUGACGAAGCCCUCCCGUUCUCCUCGACAAUCGUCAGCUUCCUAUCCGAAGUCAACAAAUAUACCCACACCCCCGUCAACGCCGUCUGGUUCGUCGUUCUCUUCAGCAUCGGCCUCAACUGCAUCGCCAUCGGGUCAACCCAAACGGCCACUGCAAUUUUCAGCAUCACCGCCCCAGCACUGGAUAUCUCCUAUGUUUCCGUCAUCCUCGCUCAUAGACUCUACAAGGAUAAGGUCAAGUUCGUUGAGGGGCCGUUUACGCUUGGUAAAUGGGGCGCAGCCAUUAACUGGGUUUCGAUCGUCUGGGUCCUCUUCAUAAGCACGGUGCUUUUCUUCCCGCCUACUGUGCCGGUCACGGCGUCGAAUAUGAACUAUGCGAUCUGUGUGGGUGCUUUCAUUGCUGCGUUUGCGCUCUUUUGGUGGUGGGCGUAUGCUCACGGGUAUGUUCCCCUAUCAACGUCUCAAGGUUGCAGUUCCGCGUUAACGCUUCUGUUGUUUGAAUGGAUUUUGUAUGAGCCGUCUCUGAGCGAGGUUAUGGCGCUCCGUUAG